CGUUCGUCGUCACUCAGUGUAGCACCUGAAUCAUGACUUGAGACAGAGGCAUGGCCCACAUGGGAUUCCACGACUCACGAGGCAGGUGUGGAAUAGGGUACAUGGAUGAAAUGUAGCAGAGGAAGGUUCGUUUUUGUUUGUGGAGUUUUUGGGGCCGCUAUAAGUAGGGCCUUGCUCGAUCCCUCACAACUCGCCGACCAUGGACUCGGACGAGUUCAUCUUCGUGGCGGUGUGGCCGCGCGAGCUCAGCCGCCUGCGGCGCGAUCUCCGCUGCGCCCGCGGGGACGCGGACCGCGCCCUCGUCGACCGGGCCAUCGCGCUGUACGAGUGCUUCUUCCGCGCCCGGUCCACCGCCGCACGGUCCGACCCGGUCCGCGCAUACGCCGCGCCAUGGGCCACCGCGCUGGAGCGUGCCGCCCACUGGGUCGCUGGGUGGCGCCCCAACGCACUCAUCCACCUCCUCUACUCCGAGUCGAGCCUCCGGUUCGAGUCGCAGCUGCCGGACCUCCUCCUGGGCGUGCACUCGGGCGACCUGGGCGACCUUAGCUCGGCGCAGCUGGGCCGGAUCGACGAGCUCCAGCGGCGGACAAUACGGGGGGAACUGGAGAUCAGUGCGGAGAUGGCGGCGGUGCAGGAGGGUCUGGCGGAGCCGUUCCCGCGCUCGGACGCGGAGUUGGAGGGGAAGGUGGGCGAGCUGACGCGGGUGAUGGAGAGGGCGGACGAGCUGCGGCUGCGGACGCUGCGGGAGGUGGUGGACAUACUGGAGCCGGUGCAGGCGGUGGACCUCUUGGUGGCGGCGGCAGACCUUGAGAUCGGGUUGCGGGAGUUCGGCCUCUCGCAGGAUGGCAGCCGAGUCGGGCCACAGGGUCGAGCGAGUUGAGAUAAUAGUAGUAAUAAGAAGAAGAAAAUAGACCAUCUCUUUGGUCACCCUUAGUUUUACCGAGCUAAUGACAUGGUGGGACCGACCCUUAAUGGUCUUUUUCUUUGGAAAAAAUCGUGUGUAACUGUUCCGAAUAUUUGUCCCUCUAAAUUAUAUACAAAAUAUUCGUCAAAAUAAAAUAAAAAAACACUGAUAUCCACUAACUAUUGUUUAUAUACAUACACAUUAAAAUUGGUGAUGAUGAAUAUACUAUUUGAACCCGAUAAUUUUUUUAAAAAAUAAAAACAAUGGCCAAAAUGCCUUUCUACGUUUUUUUCUUUUUAAAAGAUAUUAUAUCUACAAAUUUGAAUUGAUCAAACAAAGCUUGAACAACAGGAUCAUCCACUUAUUUAGUGGAAAAAGGACUUUGUUGUAGGUUGUAUCACCUACAACAAGAUGAGUGAGACAAAAGAUACAGUAUAUCUCUAUGUAGUUCUUUUCUCUAUACAGUUGUCAUUGGAGGAGAAAAAAAAAGACAUUCCAAUGGAGUGAAAGAUAUUUUAAGGUUUUGAAUUUUCACAUAGAUUUUUAGUGAUUUAUGCUUUCGAACACAUGAUGGGACACAUGAGUAAUAGAAUUCAUAAGAAUACAUAUGCUAAUCCUAAACCUUACAAUGAUAUAUAUGUAUAUGUAAUCACUUAUACAGCAUGGCAACAUAAAUUUUACAUUUAGAUAAUCCCAAGAUGAAUUUAAAGCCCUGAAAAAGGGGAAUAUUAAAUAAUUGCAUCGGAUUCUUCAAUCUCUCUCUCUCUCAAAAAAGAAAAAACUCAAUAAGAGAGAAAGAAGUUGGAUUGAGAAGAACAAAGCUUGGAGAAUUAAAAUUAAAGAAAUUUUUUAAUUAACUAUUAGUGGAGUAAACCUUCACCACAUUUAAAGUAUCAAACUGAGGCAAAUGUUUUCCUUCGAACAAAAGAUUACCAUUUCCUUGGAACAUACCUAAUUUUGUGGCAAAUAUGGCCAUCAGACAAUGUACCCCAUUCUUGGAGCGUUGAAAUGGUAAUCUUUUGUUCCAAUACUGACCGGUAUGUCGCGAACAAAGUCGAAACAUAUUCUUUUCUUAUCCAAUACCUUCUUACCAAGAGAAAAAUCAUUGCUAAUUAAACUAGUUAAUACUGAGAAUAAUUUGGAAAGUUUGUUGAGUGCACGCAUGGAUAAAGUGUCAGCUUCAAAAGAAGAAAAAUAAAAAUAAAAAUGUUUUGUGAAGAAAAAAAAAGGAAACAUCUUCAUAAUGAAUUUACUUGUAGAUUUGUUAUAUUUAUCAUCAUUAAACAAGAAUCCAAUAUUUUCAUAUAAAACAAUCAGGCACUCAUUAGAGAAUCAGAUAAACCUACUUUUUCGCAAAAAAAUAUCAUGGAA